UCUAAUAGAACAAAAGCAAAUCUGUUCAUUAGAAAAGAAAAAAAGGUUAAAAAUGUAUGUAAUUCUUAUAAUUUUUUCAAAAUGAUUAUUCUGCAGCACUACUACUGGUAUUAAAGGAAAAUAAUGUUAUCGGUUUGGAGAAAUAUUUAAAACCUGCAAAUAUAUUUAGACGAUUCAUGAUGUAUGGAUGGACACUAUAAAACAAAUUAAUUCAAUACUGCUUUCUUCACCAUCAGCUUACAUCUGCCUUACCUCUGUGCACACAUUUUCUGCAUUCAUUAUACUCUGCCAUGUUAUGCUUUUCUUAUUGCACACCAACCUUUCAGAAUUUGCACACUAUUUGUGAUUAACGCCAAUUCUAAUGUAUAAAACAUACAUAUUUAUUUUCAUCUGUUUAUUGUGGGUUUUUAAUGUAUUUUCUAUAUUUUAUUCCAUAGCUCGCUCUGCAGUUGUGGUUGAUUUAAUUUUAAUGUCAUGUAAUGUUUGGUUUCAGAUUAACUCUACUGUCUAUGCAUAAUGUAUCAAGGUAUUACUGCAAUUGUUUGAAAAAUGUCAAAAUAAGAUGAUAUUUUUGGUAAAAAGAACCUGUUAAAAGCUUGAAUUCACAGAUCAAAAAUUAUAAAAUGUUUUUAAAUGUUUCCCUUUAACAGAGGGUGACAGGAUCCUCAUUUCGUCUCCAUGAAUUCCACCAUUUCCAACUACAAUGUGUCAAGUCUGAUUGAUCAAUAUUCUCUGAGCUCAGUUGUAGCUAAAAAUGUGAUUGCUGUGGCUCUUGGCCUUAUCAUCAACUACAUCAACGGCACACUGAUUAACACCUUCAGAAAACACCAGAUAUUUUACAUGAAUCCUCGUUACAUCCUCUUCAUCCACCUGGUCUUGAACGAUAUGAUUCAGCUCACUGUAACGAUCAGCCUGUUAGUCUUUUUUUUUGUCUUCCACAAAAUCAAUGCCUCCUUCUGUUGCCUCCUCAUUACAUUCGCUGUCUUCACCACCUUCAACACUCCAUUAAAUUUAGCUGUCAUGGCAGUGGAGUGCUACAUCGCCAUUUGUUUACCACUGCGACACGCUGAGUUGUGCACCAACAAAAGAACAUACAUUCUGAUUGGUUGGAUUUGGGCCAUGAGCGCAGUUUCGAUGCUGCCGGAUUUGUUUAUUAUUCUGGCAACUGAGCCUGCGCGGUUAUUCUAUUCCACUAUUUUUUGUAAGAGGGAUAACCUGUUCCGACACCCUAUAAGUUUAAAAAAGAGGGAUGUUUCCCAGAUAAUUUUACUAAUUAGUGUUUGGCUUACUCUCUUCUAUACUUACUUUAAGAUCUUCUUUGCUGCUAAAGCUGCUAAAGAGGUUAAAUCAGGGAAGGGAGAUGCAAAAAAGGCCAGGAAUACAAUCCUGCUUCAUGGCUUUCAGUUACAGCUGUGUAUGCUGACUUAUGUGACCCCUAUUGUAAAAGAGGCUCUGUUCUACUGGUUCCCUAAAUAUGAUAGUCAUGUAGACUUUGUUAGUUAUAUCAUCAUCGAGAUACUGCCGAGGUUUAUCAGUCCUAUCGUGUAUGGGCUACGAGACAAAACAUUUAGACAGCACUUGAAAAAUCAUCUGCUGUGUACAGUCAGAACAAGCGUCAAACCCUUGACAGCGGCAAAGUUGAUGUUGCUGUGCUAAAUAACCAACGAGAACGAUUUUGAACAAAGACUUCCAGGUAUGAAUGACACUAAGAAUAAAUACAUUGACUCUUCAGUGUGAGU